UUCGAGCAGAUGAACUUCUGUGGCGAACACUACAUUCUGGAGAAGGGAGAGUUCCCCCGUUGGGACUCUUGGAGCAACUGCCAGAAGAACGACUACCUGUUGUCCUUCAGACCCGUCCGCAUGGACCCCGAGAAGCACAAGAUCUGCCUGUACGAGGUUGGGGAAUUCAAGGGCCGUAAGAUGGAGAUCAUGGACGAUGACGUUCCGUCUCUGUUCUCCUACGGCUUCACUGACAGGGUCGGCAGCAUAAUGGUCAGCUGUGGAACCUGGGUGGGCUACCAGUUCCCUGGAUACCGUGGCUCCCAGUACCUUCUGGAGAAGGGCGAGUUCAAACACUUCAACGAGUAUGGCGCCCGCCACCCCCAGUUCCAGUCCGUGAGGCGUAUCCGCGACAUGCAGUGGCACCAGCAGGGAUGCUACACCAUGGCCAGCAAGUGA